CUUUAUUUGAAGCCAUCGAAGAAGAAGACACCCGGAAAAAAUAAACUGAAAGCGCUAGCAGCGUUAGCUUUACUGAUGUGUGGAAAUUUUUAAAUGACGGCAGUGUUGUCCUGUUGCAGGUAGGCAUUUCAUUAGUUGAAGUAACGAUGUCUUCGGUUCGGUAUCUGAGAGAGUUGAUCAGUGAGCGACUAACUGCUGCUGCCGAAGAAAUAUUCGCAGAGUUUGAAAAAACCAUCGUCCAGUACGAGGAGGAGAUCGACCGUCAGCGCAGACUGCUGGAUAACAUCUGGAAACCCGAAAUAACGCUACACACUAUAGGCCUCUCACAGCAACAUGUCUGCAAGCAGGAGAUUCUUGCUGACCAGGAGAGAAACUACAAUGUGGACCAGGAGGACCCAGAGCUUCCGCAAAUUGAAGAGGAACAAGAGAAGCUCUGCACCAGUCUGGACCAGGAGGACCAAGAACAUCCACAGAUUAAAGAGGAACAGGAGGAGCUCUGCACCAGCCAGGAGGGGCUUUGCAGCAGUCAAGAGGGAGAGCAGCUUAUAUUAAAACUGGAGGCUGAAACAUUUUUGGUGACUCCUACUUACGACGAAAAUUAUCAUAGUGAACCGGAACCAAACAGUGACCAGAUGCUCUCUCACACCUCUUCUAUAGCUGAAAGCCCAGAUCAAGAAGGAAGCAUGCAUGUAGGAAACUCUCCCAUGUCAGGGAGUCACUGUCAUACUGACACAGGGAAAAAGAAAGUAAAAUGUGACGUUUGUGGAAAAGCGUUUAAGAAAAACUGUGAAAUGAAGAGACAUUACAGAAUCCACACAGGUGAGAAGCCAUAUAUUUGCAGCACCUGUGGGAAAAGAUUCAGUGAAGUGUCAUCAUUUAAAUAUCACAAAAGAAUCCAUACGGGUGAGAAGCCAUAUUCUUGUGAAAUGUGUGGUAAAAGUUUCAGAAGUACUGAUAACCUGCUGGUCCACAUGAGAACUCACACAGGCGAGAAGCCAUACUCCUGUCAAACAUGUGGGAAAAAUUUCAGCCGAAGUGGUCAUUUGUUGGGCCACAUGAGAACUCACACAGGUGAGAAGCGGUAUUCUUGUGAAGCAUGUGGUAAACGUUUCAGUCAAAGUUGUAAUCUGUUGCGCCACAUGAGAACUCACACAGGUGAGAAACCGUAUUCUUGUGAAAACUGUUGGAAAAAUUUCGCUCAACGUGGCCAAUUGUUGCGCCACUUAAGAACUCACACAGGUGAAAAGCCUUUCCCUGAAACACCUGUGGAGAACGAUUUAAGUAUGCAUCAGCACUGAAGAGUCACACGAGGACUCGCACAGGGGAGAUGUUGUACAGGGUGACCCAAAAGUUUGGAAACAAAUGAAAAGUCUAUAAUCCAAAUAAUAUAAUGUUAUUUCAAUAAAUCAGUACCACAGAUGUAUUCAGAAGAGUAUCAGAUUAGUGUAAAACAAACAUAUUUCGACAUGUUCAUGUUUGUUUCUGAUACAAAGACGUGAACGUUUCCACCACCUGGUUACACUGGUAUCUUCUGGAAUGUACCUUCAUUUAUGCUGAAGCACUUUUGCACUUACUACAGAUUUUUCCUUAUGUCUGAAUUCUUGCUUGUGUUGUACGUCACUUUGGACAAAAGCGUCUGCUAAAUGAAAUUGUAGAAUUGUAGAAUGCUUAGGAAGGUUCCUCAGACUGGCCAGUAAAUGUUGCCUCAUAGUACUUUUGGAUGUUUAAAAAAAUCAAAACUGUCAGAUACUUUACCAUCAAGAGUUUUGAAAUCUGACACUGAUGGCCUGCAUUUUGAAGUUAUGCUCCAGCAUACCUGGACCUUAUGGUUCUAUUCAUUUUCUUCUGAGUUUUUGCACUUGGCAAAUACUAUGUUUUUAAGUUAUUUUAUUAUGGUAUAACAAUAAUGGGUAAAAUAAGAGAUACUUCAUGCACCCCCAACUGAAAUAGACACUGCAGUUAAACUUUGUUUCCAAACUUUUGGGUCACCCUGUAUUCCUGAGACAUCUGUGGGAGCCAAGCUUGAAAAACGUCUAAGAAUUUAUUAAGGUUAAAAAUAGAUAUUUCAGAAAAACGCACCUACAAGCUGUGUUUAAACGAUGAUCAUGUGACUUUAUUGCAUUAAAAUCUGGUUUCCAUCUGUGCCAGAUUGUACAAUCAGUUUGAAGAUGUGAAACUGUCCAAUGGAUACUUGGUGACUCUUACAGAAGAACACUGCAUUUGCAAAAGUAAGAGAGUUAGAGGCAUCUCAUACUUCUGAGGAAAGAUCUCAUCAUUAAUUCCAUGUUGGUUAUCAGUGUCUACCAAACUUGAGAGGACAGAGGCGCUGGUGCUACCCGAUUAAAUGUCUGAACAAGAACUUUGAAAGCCAGUAUAUUUUCUUCUAAUGAUGGAAAAUGUCUUGCUAGCUUCACGUGUGUAAACUACAUACAGUCCUGUUCAUCUUGUAAAAUCUGAUGUAUUCCCGUGGUGGUUCUUUGCAAAAAAAAAUUUAUACAAAUAAGUAAAUAAAAUCAUUUUCUGGUUUGUAUCGGA